CGGCCGGAGCCCGGGGCGCGCACUCGGCCCGGCCCGGGCCCCAGCAUGGCCGAGCCGCUGCUCAGGAAAACCUUCUCCCGCCUGCGGGGCCGGGAAAAACUUCCCCGGAAAAAGUCGGACGCGAAGGAGCGCGGCCGCCCAGCCCAGCGCCCGGAGCCCAAUCCUCCAGAGCAAGAACCCCAGGCCCCUGAAGGGUCCCAGGCUGGAGCAGAGGGGCCCCCAAGCCCUGAGGCAUCUCGGAGCCCAGCUCGGGGGGCCUACCUGCAGAGCCUGGAGCCCAGCAGUCGACGAUGGGUGCUGGGUGGGGCCAAGCCACCGGAAGAGGCUGCUUUGGGGCCCAGGGCACCUGGCAGCGGGGAGCCCGCAGGUGAGAUCUGGUACAACCCUAUCCCCGAGGAAGACUCCAGACCCCUGGCAUCAGAGCCCCUGGGACCACAACCAGGCUCAGCUGAGCCAGAGGGCCCAGCCUCACAAGGCGCAGCCCCUGUGAGCCCCCCAACCAAAGCCUCCCGUACAAAGUCCCCUGGCCCAGCUCGGCGCCUCUCCAUGAAGAUGAAGAAGCUGCCUGACCUGCGGCGGCGACUGAGCCUGCGGGGCACCCGGGCUGGCCGAGAGCGUGAGCGGGCCGCCCCCGAGGGCUCCGUCAUCAGUCGUUACCACCUGGACAGCAGUGUGGGGACCCCGGGACGGGCAGCAGGGGCUGGGGCCACAAGGGGCCCUCGGGCUGGUUACCUCAGUGAUGGGGACUCACCGGAGCGCCCAGCAGGGCCCCCAUCACCCACUGCCUUCCGGCCCUAUGAGGUGGGCCCAACAGCCCGAGCACCCCCCGCCGCACUCUGGGGCCGCCUCAGCCUGCACUUGUAUGGGCUGGGGGGGCUGCGGCCAACACCUGGGGCCACCCCAAGAGACCUCUGCUGCCUACUGCAGGUGGAUGGGGUGGCCCGGGCCCGAACGGGGCCACUGAGAGGGGGGCCAGACUUCCUGCGGCUGGAUCACACUUUCCACCUGGAACUUGAGGCUGCCCGGCUACUGCGGGCCCUGGUGCUGGCGUGGGACCCUGGUGUCCGGCGGCACCGGCCCUGCGCCCAGGGCACUGUGCUGCUACCCACAGUCUUCCGAGGUAGGAUACCUGGCUGCAAGGGAAGAGCGGUUGGCACAGGAUUCAGCUCUGCCUUUACCCCCAGAGUGUCCAGGGUGGGGGUGUGGCUCAGAGCAGGGGGCCAGGGCAUAGGAGCCUGGCGGCCAGACCCCACAGAUGCCCUUGUGUCUUCAGGGUGCCAGGCCCAGCAACUGGCCGUGCGCCUGGAGCCUCAGGGGCUGUUGUAUGCCAAGCUGACCCUGUCAGAGCAGCAGGAAGCACCAGGCACAACUGAGCCCCGAGUCUUUGGGCUGCCCCUGCCACUACUGGUGGAGCGAGAAAACCCCCCGGGCCAGGUGCCCCUCAUCAUCCAGAAGUGUGUUGGGCAGAUCGAGCGCCGAGGGCUGCGGGUGGUGGGACUGUACCGUCUGUGUGGCUCGGCAGCCGUGAAGAAAGAGCUUCGGGAUGCCUUUGAGCGGGACAGUGCAGCCGUCUGCCUCUCUGAGGACCUGUAUCCCGAUAUCAAUGUCAUCACUGGCAUCCUCAAGGAUUAUCUUCGGGAGUUGCCCACCCCACUCAUCACCCAGCCCCUCUAUCAGGUGGUGCUGGAGGCCAUGGCCCAAGGACCCCCAAGCAGGGCACCUUCCAGCACUGAGGGCACCCGUGGGCUCCUCAACUGCCUGCCAGAUGUGGAGAGGGCCACGCUGACGCUUCUGCUGGACCAUCUGCGCCUCGUCUCCUCCUUCCACGCCCACAACCGCAUGACCCCGCAGAACCUGGCCGUGUGCUUCGGUCCCGUGCUGCUGCCGGCGCGCCAGGCACCUGCCAGGCCCCGCAUCCGCAGCUCUGGCCCCGGCCUAACCAACGCAGUGGACUUCAAGCGCCACAUCGAGGUGCUGCACUACCUGCUGCAGGCCUGGCCAGAUCCCCGCGGGGCCCCGGAGCCUCCCGACCUCGCCCCAUACCUGCGGCCCAAACGGCAGCCGCCGCUGCACUUGCCGCUCUCCGGCCCCGAAGUGAUGGCGCGGCCCCGCGGCCGGGGCGGCCCCGAGAGCCCCCCGAGUAACCGCUACGCGGGCGACUGGAGCGUGUGCGGACGGGACUUACUGCCGUGCGGGCGGGACUUUCUGUCCGGGCCGGACUACGACCACGUGACGGGCAGCUACAGCGAGGACGAGGACGAGGAGGUGGGCGAGCCGGCGGGCGCCGCGGACUUCGAAGACGACUUCGAGGCACCCUUCAACCCGCACCUGAACCUCAAAGACUUCGACGCCCUCAUCCUGGACCUGGAGCGAGAGCUCUCCAAGCAGAUCAACGUGUGCCUCUGAGCCAGGCGGUGCGGGACCUCGGUCAAGAAGGGCCGGACUCCUGGCAGCCGAGGCGGUGCCCUGGCGACGGAGGGGG